CAGACAUGUGAUUCUAGAGUACACUCCAUUGGCCACGUUCUGCCAUAUGAACCAGUGUUCACACGAGUAGCUGCAUAAAGGUUCAUCCAUUAUUGAACAAUUUCUAAUCGCUAAAUUAUUAAACAUGAACAUUUACGCAUUUAUCGUGCGCUUAAGAGGUCAGGGACGAUGUGAGUCCAAAAGAGCUGAGUUCUGCUCCUUAAAGGGUUAGAGAGAGAUUGAACAUUUCUGAGUGAGAAGAAGCGGUCUUUCCAUCACACUGGAACCAGAACUGAAAGCCUUCGUGCUUUUGAAUUUGGACCUUUCAUGUGUGGGACCAGCAAUCGUGCAGAGGUGGAGGAGCCUAACAUUCUGGAUGGGUGCAGUGAUUGGUCAGGUCUUGUAGAUAUCGGGAAGAGAAGGUCCGUUGAUGGUUUUGUAGGCCGUAACCGCAGUGUGGAAUUGAUCCCGGCAGCAAUAGGAAACCAACACACAGAGAUGAGGAUGGGGGACACAUGGGAACCCUUCAGCAGGGAGCCAACUGCUGCCAGGUUCUAACUCCACCACGGAGUGCAACAUACCUGGUAACUUCAUGUGUGGGGAUGGGAAGUGCAUCCCAGGGGCCUGGCAAUGCGAUGGGCUGCUUGACUGCUUUGACCGGAGCGACGAGAGAGGCUGCCCCAAAGUGAAUUCUAAGUGCGCGCCCACCUUCUUCGAAUGCACUAAUGGUGUCCACUGCAUCAUUGGGCGCUUCCGCUGCAAUGGGUUCGACGACUGCCCGGACAGCAGCGAUGAGGAAAACUGCACGGCCAACCCCCUGGUGUGCUCCACGUCAAGGUAUCCCUGUAAAAACGGCCGAUGCGUGGACCGCAGCUUCCUGUGUAAUGGUCAGAACAACUGCAGGGACAACAGCGAUGAGGAGGACUGCCCCGAUGCCUCAGACACUGCGGUCAAAGACUCCGCAGUGCUGGACUACCAGCUUCAACACUACCCCAGCAUCACGUACGCGGUGAUCGGCUGCGCGGCCCUCUUCGUCCUAGUGGUGGCGCUGCUGGCCUUGGCGCUGCACCAGCAGAGGAAACGGAGCAGCCUGCUGCCGCAGAGCUCCCGAGACGGGGCGCGUCACCAGCCCCUGCUGCUGUCCCGCCUGGUGAUACUGGACCGCGCUCGUUCCGGCGUCUCUUCCUCCGCUUCCGGAACCAUGUACCCCCGCAGUCUCCGCGCGGAACCCCCGCCCUCCUACUGCCAGGCAGUACUGGAUGGCAGCCGCCCAGCCUGGUUUGACCUCCCACCUCCGCCCUACUCCACCGACGGAGAUCUUUCCUGCCAGAGGGAGCUUCCUCCGUACGAGGCCCCUGAAACCCACGCGGUCCCACCAGAACCCCCCUGUUCUGAGGCAGCACCGGUGUUCUCCAGGGCCAGAGAGGAAGCAGACCAGCUUUAGCCUUGAGCAAAGCUCUUCCUACAUACUGUAGAAGACAAACACGCAGACUGUUAAAGCCUGAUGAGCUGAUGAGGAAUGUGUGUGGAGUUUUCCUGACAGAGUAAACAUGGAGCACGAAGGGAGAGUUGGACCAGGGUCAAAAUGUACCACGUUAGGCUACGCGCCGCUUCAGCUUCCACGGUGACACGACUGGUGUCACUUGACUGACGCGCGAAGCAACUCUUCUGAGGAAGACCUUUUGAUGAUAACUGCGGUAAACAACGAUGGACAAACUAUGCUUCGCUUCUGUGGCUUGAGUCUUUCCGAAAAAUGAUAUUCAUACUAAAGUCACGGUUGGAGCAACCUUUUCUGAAAAGAAUAUGACGCUACUUCAGGCCAGUUACUGAACCAAAGGCUGACUUUAUCAGUAAUCUAUAACAAGUACGUUUCUAUGCAGCUAUAAUCAUUUUUGUAUUUUAAUAUUUGCAUUUCAAGUAAUUUGGGUCAUGGUUUUACAUCGUUUUGUACAAGAAUAAGCAGUAAGGUUUCUUCGUAUGAGAGAUGCUGUUCAUAAGUUACAACCUGUAUUUGUCUUUUCAGUAAAACGUGCAUGAAUAGUGAUAUACUGUACAUAGCAGUAACAGCAGCACUACUGAUGAACUUUGAAUGUACCACUUAUCUUUUUUUCCUUUGAAACUUGACCUUGAUUUUUUUUUUAAAUGCAAUUUCUGAAUAAGUACUACUCUCGCUCUUCGAAUGGGUACAAAUGGACGAAAAGAAUGUGGACAAACACAGCCAGUUAUACUCACCAGAUGGGGAAAUUUCUAAACUCAGUUUUUCUUCAUGCAGUUAUUUUCGUUUCUUAAAUGCCUAAUAUAUCAGUUCAAUUGUAAUAUUAUUUAAUUCAAGUGUGUUGUUUUCUUUGAACUGUGUUGAAAGGACACAAAGUUUUAUGUUCAAAACCAAAGACUGCUGCUUGAAAGUAAUCUAUUUUUUCCUCUUAAUUAUUUUUAAUGUACAUUUUGUAUCAAAUAUCUAUUACAUCCCA